CGCCUCUGCCCCCACCUCUCAGGAGCACAUCAACCAGGAGUUCUUUGGGCGGGAGAAACUGGAGGCGAUAGUGCCGAAGGGGGCUUCCGUACUGGAGGGUAGCCUGAACCCCUCGGCGCUGAUGAGUCAGAUGCUGCCCUCGGCUGAUCGCUUGGCCCUCGCCAGACUGGACGAGAGCUCCCUCGAGGCCAAGAUCCUUCUGAACACUGCCUCCAGCUUCAUGGGCCUUUGUGAGCACCUUCGAAGGGUGGAGCAGAUGAAGGAGGCGAAGGGCGCAGCCGAAGGGGGGGCUGCCCUCCUUAGGAAGAAGCUCGCCGAGGCCGAGGAUUCUCUUCGCUUGGCCACCGACAACAUGGAGCAGCGGGUGCAAGCCGUGAGGGCCGAGGGGAUGAACGAGGGCCUGGCUAAGGCCGGGGAGGCUGCUGCCGAGGCCGCCCGCAUUGCUGCUG